AGAUGGCAUCUACUGACAAAAUAACUCAUAACUUAAAGCAGUAGUGUAAGUAUCUAUCCAGAAUAUAUAUUAACAAUACCUAAUUCCCUAGCCAAAUAAUAAUUAGUUAGAAGGAUUGUUAGCUCAAACUAGUAUUAAAGGCAUUCCUCACAAACAUGAAUAACUGUUUCAUAAUUUUUAUAUGAAUUCAGUGCAAAUAGUGUUCUUUCAUUUAUUAUCAGAAGGUAAGAAUAAGGACUAUUGGGAAUUAAACAGUUCAACUCGAAUGAUGAUGUUAGUGAAUUAAAUAUAACAAUUUGCGCCACGCUAGACUAGAAAAACUGACUCAUUAGAACAAUAAGUUAACUUCAAGUCCAAGUGGAAUGCGAUGCAGGUAAAUAAAAUUCAGGAAAAGAGAAAAAAAAUCUCCUACUUACCACAUCACUUACAGGGUAGAUCAGUGAUAGCAGUUUUAGUCUGUAUCUUGCAUGAAGAAUUAUUAAAUGCAGUCCUGAUUAAAUCAUAAGUUGUUUUUACAUAUUGUUGAGUCAGUGUAUUAGUUUUAGACUCAAUUAGUACCACAUCCAUAGUAUGAUGAUUUUGAUAUCGGAGUCCUUGAUCGAGACAAGUGAUAUUAACCGUGGUUGAAUGUGGUUAUUAUUAAUUAUAACCAUUAUAAAAAUAUCCAUCGAUAC